ACUUUGUCACCGCGUUAGGGCGUGGCCUCGCCUCAGGUCGCCUCAAGGAGACUUGGGGACGCCCAAACCAGUCUUUUUGAGUGCCCGGGUGCCGCGGCCACCGUGUGUGUGUGUGCUGCACUCCAUGAGGAAGAUGCUUGCUGCUGUGUCCCGCGUGUUGGCAGGCACUUCGCAGAAGCCGGCAAGCAGAGUGCUAGUAGCUUCCCGUAAUUUUGCAAAUGAUGCUACAUUUGAGAUUAAGAAAUGUGACCUUCAUCGGCUAGAAGAGGGCCCUCCGGUAACCACAGUGCUCACCAGAGAGGAUGGGCUGAAGUACUACAGGAUGAUGCAGACUGUGCGCCGAAUGGAGCUAAAGGCGGAUCAGCUGUAUAAGCAGAAAAUUAUUCGUGGUUUCUGUCACUUGUGUGAUGGCCAGGAAGCCUGCUGUGUUGGCCUAGAGGCUGGCAUAAACCCCACGGACCAUCUCAUCACAGCCUAUCGAGCUCAUGGCUUCACCUUCACCCGGGGCCUGCCAGUCCGGGCAAUUCUUGCAGAGCUGACAGGACGAAGAGGAGGCUGUGCUAAAGGGAAAGGCGGAUCAAUGCACAUGUAUGCCAAGAACUUCUAUGGGGGCAAUGGCAUCGUUGGAGCUCAGGUGCCGCUGGGAGCAGGAAUUGCUCUGGCCUGUAAGUACAAUGGAAAAGAUGAGGUCUGUUUGACAUUAUAUGGCGAUGGCGCUGCUAAUCAGGGUCAAAUAUUUGAAGCUUACAAUAUGGCCGCACUGUGGAAAUUACCUUGUAUUUUCAUCUGCGAGAAUAACCGCUAUGGCAUGGGUACAUCUGUUGAGAGAGCAGCAGCCAGUACGGAUUACUACAAAAGAGGAGAUUUCAUUCCUGGACUGAGGGUAGAUGGAAUGGAUAUCUUGUGUGUCCGAGAAGCAACAAAGUUUGCAGCUGCCUACUGUAGGUCUGGUAAGGGGCCCAUCUUAAUGGAGCUACAGACUUAUCGUUACCAUGGACAUAGUAUGAGUGACCCUGGAGUCAGUUACCGCACUCGAGAAGAAAUCCAGGAAGUAAGAAGUAAGAGCGACCCUAUCAUGCUUCUCAAGGAUAGAAUGGUGAACAGCAAUCUCGCAAGUGUUGAAGAAUUAAAGGAGAUUGAUGUGGAAGUGAGGAAAGAAAUUGAGGAUGCUGCCCAGUUUGCCACCGCUGAUCCAGAGCCACCCUUGGAGGAGCUAGGCUAUCACAUCUACAGCAGCGACCCUCCCUUUGAAGUGCGUGGUGCCAAUCAAUGGAUCAAGUUUAAGUCAGUCAGUUAAUGGGUGACUAUCCAGUGGAUGGGUAUUCAUCCACUGUAAGGAACACCUUGUGUCCUCAACUUUAAAGACAACAAAAGCCUUGAAAACAUGUAAAUUAAGGGAGAGCAAAUUUGCAUGCAGUUUAUACAUUGUUCUACUCGGUGUUUUCAUGUGAAUAAGUGUAAUGGAUUUGUAUAGGAUUUGAAAUGGGUAAUGCAGAGCUAUUAUAACCUUACUUCAUCAUAUCCUCCGUCAGUUACUAAAAGUAAUAACUCUGGCACUUGAUGUGAUCAUAGCUAUGUCCUCAUGGAGGCAUAGGAGUAACAGCCACCCUCAAUUGUGGAGGCUAAGGCAUGUUGGCACAGAACACCAUGGCCGAUCAAAGGCUCUGUGUAAUAAGGCAACAGAAAAUAAAGGUACUUUAAGAGUCAUUUCAAAUGUAAAAUAAUUUAAUUUGCUCCAUUUAAACAUUUAAGAAACAUGUACUUCUACUGCAAGGCAUACAUUUUACCUUUCACAUAUAAGUGUCACACUAGCUUAGAAAAUAUUGCUUUAUUUUUUCCAAGAGUUGCUAGAAGUUAUGCUGACUUUUUAAAGGAAACAUAUAAUCCUAAGAACUGAAUAUACUAGGUCAAGAUUGACACAACAUACAAUUAUAUUUAUAAACAAGGAUAUUGUAAAAUUCUGUGCUUGAGUUAAAUUAACAAAGGGUCUUUCCCUGUAAACGAUGGAUCUGUGCGUACACAAAUAGAAGCUUUAACCAUAGGCAGGUGCAGAGUAUUUGCUCAAUCCCCCCAGCUUAGCUCACUGUGGGGACUCCUGUGUUUGUCUUCUGUGCUUGGAGACUGCUUGCCAGAGCCUACAGAGGACGCCACCACUGCAAAACAAGAGUUUGCGUGAGAAAAGCAAACUUAAGCCAGCCACCUACUCUUCAAAUGCAAUCUCUAACUAACUCUAAGGGGAAAAGUAUGUUGUCUGUGUGGAAACGGUUCCAUAGGGGUGCUUUUGGCUCUGUGUAGAGGUGUGGAAAGGCCUCGUGCCUCCCCAACAGAACCUGGGAAAAUGAGUUGUGUUUGAUAAGACAUAGGAAAGAUAUUUCAUAGGAAAGGUAUUUCAAAGAUUGGGGGAAGCUACCAGCAUUUUUCUUAAAGAUUCACAUUAAAAAAAUUCUAUUCCAAUUGUUUGGAAGCUCUUACCGUAGUCUGAGGGAUCUUAGGUCUUCCUUAGUGAUAUCAUUGAGAAUAUCAGAAAGUGUAUAAUCCUCUUCAACAAUCUGAAACAAAGAUUCAAUGUAUGGAUAGGCAGCUUCUCAGUAAUGUCAUAGGAAUACUUUGGUUUAAAAUUUACCUUUUCUAUUGUAUUUGCAUCCACUCCUUGAAGUUGCAACCAGUCUAUAAGCUCUCUGUCAGUGCCCAGUCCAUCAGGGGGUGCUGGAUUCUCUGUACCACCUACGAUUCCAAUUUUGUUUUAUUGUACAGUGAUGUAUAACCAUAAAAUGCUUCAAAAGUAACAAAGUGGAUGUAAUGACAUAUCCAAACAAUGUAAAUGUGAUGUGAAAAGGAAAUAAACUUAUUUGAUUCA